AUGGGUGUCACCCGCCGUUCCCAUGAACUUCAGCCCAUCCGCGUUGAGGAAAUCCCCGAGUUCAAUUAUGCCGAGUUGGUUUAUUUUUAACAAGCUUUUUAAGACUGAAUUUUGUUGCAAAACUAUAAAAUAGUUGUCAAUUUCCAGCUUCGAAAUGAGCGACGAGGAGAAUCGGCGGACCUCGGAAAGUGUAGAAGUUCAAACUUCGCGCUCCAGACGCAACAAGGAGCGGAGGGCCGAGAGGAAGUUUGUAGUUUUUAGAUUGUUGAAAAAAAGUAGAUUUUAUUGAUUUUUCAGUAUAAGAAGAAAACGAUAAAUUUUUUUGAAUUCUUCAUUUUUUUGACAACGUUUCUACGUUUAUAGCGAAGAAAGGAGUUGAUAUGUCCAUUUCAUAAGCGGCCGAAACCGUAAUCUCAUUUAUUAUUCGAUCUACGCGCCUAAUUGGGCUGGAUCCCAACUCCGGAAUGGAAGAAUUUCGGCCGAUUUCAAUACAUUUUCAAUUUUUUUUUCGCGCCAAAAAUAGUGGGGUGCAAAGAUGGGCGGUAUUCCGCAAAAAUAAUUUUCCGCGUUUUCCGAUAUGAUUUCUCAGAAAUAUGAUUUUUUUAAAAAGUUCUAUAGCUCAAUAGUUUUUUUUUUCUCAUCCGCUAACUGUCGCAAAAUGCCGUCUGAAGGUAAAAAGAAAUACAUGUCGAAUUUUUUUUCUUCUGUAGUGACUUAUAAUUUGUACAAAAGUUCUGAAGCUUCUCCGCAAAAAAUUUUUGUUCCGAAAAUUAAAAUUUAAAUUCCGCCCAUCUCUAGGGUGGCAUCCAGCCCACGUAAAUAUCGGCAAAUGUGGAAAUAUCGAUUUCAUUAAAUUUGAAAGCAUGAAUCCUUUGAGUUGAAUAAUUGAUUGAAGAUUGCGUUGGUCGCCGGAUGACCUCGAAUCCGAUGGAUUGAAGGUCCAUCGAAACAUGGGAGCCCGGAAAUGGCGCCGCGUCGAGAAUGGUUAUUUUUGAUACAGGGCUUCGAAAAUAUAUCAAAAAAUAGGCGGACAAAAAUUUGGCUUCUUUCCAUUUAUUUCAGGAGAAGCAUCUUUAUAUUGGUUUUUGGUUAUGAGCUGUAAAAAAUAAGAUUUCAUAUGUAUAAGAAUUUUUACGAAAAUUAACUCAAGUCCCGGUUUCAUUGGUUUUUGAAGUAAAAUAAGGAUUCAAGAGAAGUUGAUCAAAUAUAGGUUUUUAAACAUAUUUUUUCGAGUUUUCGACAUUCGAAAACUGAGGAUUCUUAAAAGCCCUUUAUAUGUUAACUUGUAAAAAGUAUAGUCUGUUCAGAUUUUGAAUGACAAGUCGCCGCUCAAGCUCCGCCCCUAAUGGUGCGAUAAACCAAUCAGAGAGCAGGCCAUCCACAGAGUGUUUUUGAAUGACGGCAUUGCACUUGACAUUUAAAAAUCUGAACAGACUAUAGGAAUUUUAGAUUUAAUGAAUUAUUUUUUUCAUAUAUUAGAAAGCAAAGAUAGAUUAUUUUUUUGUCCCAGUAUCAAAAAGCUACCAAAAAAAUUUAAAUAUCAAAAUUUUAUACAAGUUCCUAGAGCACUGUCCAGAUUUUUCAAUAGUUUAAAGGAUAAUAUUAUUUUUCUAACUGAACAAUUAUUAUGAGGUUAUCAAUUUCAGCCCGUUCUCUGUUGGACUGGGCCGAUCGGGAGGACAUUUGCGAGGAUUUUUCGGAUAUCUUCCCUCGAACCUACACGGCUUUUUGA